AUGAGCAACAAACGCGAAGAGUUGGCAUUUGAUUCGAUCCACGCACUAGCUCCAAAAAUCAAAGAUGGAUCGGUUUCACCCGUCGAAAUCACCGAGAUCGCGCUGGAACGCACGGCGACUCUCAACCCCAAGCUAAACGCCUUUCUCGACAUCUGGCAAGAUGAAGCGCUCGCAGCCGCUACCAAAGCCGAAAGAGAAAUCGCGGGUGGUCGCUACUUGGGCCCGAUGCACGGUAUCCCGAUCGGUCUCAAAGACCUCGUCGAUGUCGCUGGCAAAGUCACCACCGGCGGCUCGAAAGUCCUUCAAUCCAACAUCGCCGCGCAAGAUGCAACCGUCACAGACCGUUUGAACCGCGCCGGCGCAAUCUCAUCGGCAAAACCAACCUCGUCGAGUUCGCAUUCGGUGCGGCUGGCGUAA